UGCAAAGGCGGCGGCGGGGGGGUGCUAAGCGGGGCUGCCCCCCACCCCUCAAGAAGAUGGGCGUUUGGCCGUUGGGGUUCCCCUUCACGUGGCCGGUGUCCGUCUGAAGGGGAGGCUCUCUGGGAUAGGUAAUGGUGCCUGGAAAGCUGCCCGGGGCCAUCCUGGCGUGCAUGUGAGUCUUCCUGGAGCAGCCCCCCCGCCCCCCCACUUUCUCUCUCUGCCCGAGGCUAGUCAGCCCCCCCAGGUGCUGUGCAAAGAUGGCUUGGGCUCUGAAGCUGCCCCUCGCGGACGAAGUUAUCGAGUCCGGCCUCGUUCAGGACUUCGAUGCCAGCCUCUCCGGAAUCGGCCAGGAGCUGGGCGCUGGUGCCUACAGCAUGAGUGAUGUCCUUGCCCUGCCCAUCUUUAAGCAAGAAGAAUCCAGCUUGCCUCCUGACAAUGAGAACAAAAUCCUACCUUUUCAGUAUGUCUUAUGUGCUGCCACUUCCCCUGCUGUGAAACUCCAUGAUGAAACUCUCACUUAUCUCAAUCAAGGUCAGUCCUAUGAAAUCAGAAUGCUGGACAACAGGAAAAUGGGGGAAUUGCCUGAGUUAAAUGGAAAACUUGUAAAGAGUAUAUUCAGAGUGGUGUUCCAUGAUCGGCGACUUCAGUAUACAGAGCAUCAGCAGCUGGAAGGCUGGCGGUGGAACAGGCCAGGUGAUAGGAUACUGGAUAUUGAUAUUCCAAUGUCCGUGGGUAUAAUCGAUCCCAGGGCAAACCCCACGCAAUUGAAUACUGUAGAGUUUCUGUGGGAUCCUUCAAAGAGGACUUCUGUAUUUAUUCAGGUGCACUGCAUCAGUACAGAGUUCACUAUGAGGAAGCAUGGCGGCGAGAAGGGUGUGCCAUUCCGAGUCCAGAUUGACACUUUUAAGGAGAAUGAGAAUGGGGAAUACACUGAGCACUUGCAUUCUGCCAGCUGCCAGAUCAAAGUCUUCAAGCCCAAAGGAGCUGACAGAAAGCAAAAGACAGACAGAGAGAAAAUGGAGAAGCGAACACCUCAUGAGAAGGAAAAGUAUCAGCCUUCAUAUGAGACUACAAUACUUACAGAGUGUUCUCCAUGGCCUGAGAUCACAUAUGUCAAUAAUGUGCCAUCCCCAGGCUUCAGCAGCUCGCACAGCAGUUUCUCCAUUAGCGAAGGAAAUGGGUCUCCAAAUCACCAGCCUGAACCUCCUGCUCCCAUUACAGAUAACCUCCUGCAGACAUCCACACCUCAGGAAGCUCAGCAGUGGCUGAUCCGGAACCGCUUCUCAACUUUCACACGGCUUUUCACCAACUUCUCAGGGGCAGAUUUAUUGAAAUUAACCAGGGAAGAUGUCAUCCAGAUAUGUGGCCCUGCAGAUGGCAUCAGACUUUUCAAUGCUUUGAAGGGACGGAUGGUACGGCCAAGACUGACCAUCUACGUCUGCCAGGAGUCGCAGCAACUGAGGGAGCAGCAGAAGCAUGAAGAUGGGGAUGCAGCCAAUAAUACUUUCUAUGUGUACCAUGCCAUCUACUUGGAAGAACUGACAGCUGUGGAACUGACAGAGAAAAUUGCCCAGCUCUUCAGCAUUUCCUCUCAACAGAUCAGCCAGAUCUACAAGCAGGGUCCCACAGGGAUACACGUGCUCAUCAGUGAUGAGAUGAUACAGAACUUUCAGGAUGAAUCAUGUUUUGUCUUGGAUACAAUGAAAGCUGAAACCAAUGAUAGUUAUCACAUCAUCUUAAAAUAGAGGGACUUGGACUUGUUGCAUCUUCUCUCAUGCACACAGCUUCAUUUGCCUGUUUGGCACCUGGACACACUGACAGAAAUCCACAAGAGCAACAGAAACUCAUCUUGCUUCCACAGCAUGUUGCCUUCUGUUAGGUGAACCAUCUGUACCAUUGCUGGCAUGCUGUAGGCACCAGUUUGCAAGCACGGGGCUGCUUCUUCAGAGUUCAGUGCCAUGGCUGCACCCACUGCCUUUUGAAACAGCCAGACUGGCCAGUGAUGGAUUUGCAAUUAUGUACAUUGGGGGUGGGGUGGGCAACUGCAACAUUUUUGAUAUGCGACAGCUUGGCCGGUUGUGAUGGAUGCUCUGGGAAUCCCUGGACAAAUGAGCAUCUAUUCUGAGGGUCCUCUUUCAAAGCCGGUCCCAGCUAUUCAGGCCUCUCAGAGGCAUAUUUGGCUGGUAGAGCCAAGGAGACUUUCAGGUUUGCUGGCCGGUUGGGUAGGGACUUUGUUCCGAUUCUGACUUUUGGACCAUGUUACAGGUUUGUGGGCGUGCAGCUGUCCAUGUGUGAGUGAUACGUGGCUGUCUUAUCUGCCAGUGUAAGUUAGGAAUAACGCCUAUCUCGUGAGAUCCAUAGGGUUGCCUAUGGCUUUGCUAUACACUGCAACUGAAGAGACUUCAAAUGCAAAAGAAGGUAUUGCUAUCCUGAGCUGUUAAGGAACACAACGAACUGAGACAGAGGCAAAAAGAUUGUGUUUUUUAAAAAAAUGUGUUGGCUUUUUUUGGGGGGGGGGGAAUAUGUAGAAAUGAUGGCUGCCUUUGAAUGAAAUCCCACAGGAGGGCCAUAAUAACAUUAUCCCAGAAACAGCUCAUGCAGUAAUAGUCCAUAGUGCUUAUUUGAAUAGCCUGUGGAAGCUCCAUGGUGACAGAAGGGCCUGCAUGUCCGUUUCCCAGGCAGCAGCCAGCCUCUUGGGUAAAGGCUUCAGCCUUCUGACAUGGAUGGGAUGCCAAGAUGCAUUUUUUGAGCUUCGGAGAAAAAUAUGGGAAACUGUUACAACUGUAGUGAUGAUGCUGUGAAAAUCACAGGCGAACAACUUGUCUGAAGGGGAAAAGACCACUUCUCCUUUAGCCUUCCAGUCCCCCUAGAAAGCAGCAAUUCUCUGGAAGCUGCAACCUUGUGCGUCACAAUGUCAGUUGCACAAUCAAAUCUUGAUAGACACUGCAUCGGCUGUAGAGCUGGCAGCUGAUGUAAGCUGUGCUUAAGCUAAGUUGGAGAGGUGGGAAAAAUAACUUUCAUUUCAUUAAAUGAAACCUAGUUACAUAUUUUUCUCAGUACCAGAUUAUUGGAGGGUUUUUAAAAUCAUUUUGACUUGGUAUUUUUACCAAAAAGUGCUGAACUUUUAUUUAAAUCAAUUAGGUUUAGUAGGUUGCUUCUUAAGGAGGCAAGAAACUGGGUCCGGUCAAGGUCAAGUGAAAUAAAGUCAAUGAAGAAGAAGAAAAACCUUGGCAGUUGCGGCUCCACAGCUUUUAAGUAGAAAUGUUAUGUCUCAUCAUAUAUAUGCCAAUAAAGAUCAAUUCUGUUUUCA